AUCUCUGUCUCUCUCUCUCCCUCCAUCUAAAUCCCUCUCAGUAGCUUCGCUAGGAGUCCGGAAAUUCCUAUCUCCUCUCCUCUCUAGGGUUUGAAGGCGAACACACGCACGAAGAAGGGAAAAAGGAGCUUCCUUUUAAUAGAGAUCUCUCGGUGUCGUUGCAGGGAAUGCUAGUGGCUUUGAUGCUGAAUAAACUUAAUAUAGAAGGCUGUGGCGUAUAUUAGGGAACUGGUUUAGAAGCCAAAUAAGGAGAAUCCUGCUGAUUUGAUAUUCAUCUGGUUACAUAAAAGGAAGCAUGGGUCUUCUUUGUGAUUUCUGUGGGGAACAAAGAUCUAUGGUCUACUGCAGGUCUGAUGCUGCUUGUUUAUGCUUGUCAUGCGACCGCAAUGUUCAUUCUGCGAAUGCACUCUCUAGACGUCACUCGCGCACUCUGCUAUGCGAUAGAUGCAUUACACAACCAGCCAUAGUUAGGUGCAUGGAAGAAAAUGUUUCACUUUGCCAAAACUGUGAUUGGAAUGGGCAUGGUGGCUCAGCUUCAGGACAUAAGAGGCAGACAAUCAACUGCUACUCAGGCUGCCCAUCUUCUGCUGACCUUUCGAGAAUUUGGUCCUUUAUUCUGGAGUUUCCUCCUAUGGCAGAUUCUAACUGCGAACAGGGUAUGGGCUUGAUGAGCAUCAAUGAGAACAGUGUCAGUGACUUCUGGGGAGCUCCAGACAACAGCAGUACCAGAAAUAUAGCCAGUGCAGGCAAGAUGAAUGAUCUGGAAACUGCUAAUAAGCUCAAUCCGUGGAUUGACUCAUCUUCAACAUCUGCAGGGAAUCCUAUGCUAUACAGUGCAGAUCAGGCAGCAGGUUCAGUGGAUUCAACUACUCAUAAGCUAGGGUUUACUGGGACAAAAGAUCUUGCUCUUUCCAAAGAUGACUUCUAUGAAGAUCUCAACAUGGAUGAUGUCGACUUGAAUUUUGAGAAUUAUGAAGAACUGUUUGGUGCAUCUCUUAGCAAUGCCGAGCAGCUGUUUGAUGAUGCUGGAAUUGACAGUUUUUUUGAAUUGAAGGAAAUAUCUGCUGCCAAUUCUGAUUGCCAGGGUGAAUUUGUCACAGAGUCAUCAUCUGCUGGACAGGCCAAGCCUAUGCAAGCAACAUAUAGCAAUGCAGUAUCUGCUGAUUCUGUGAUGUCAAAUCCAGGAAGCAAAGCAGAUCCUAACCUCUGUUUCCCAGCAAGGCAAGCUCGGUCCAGCCUAUCUCUUUCCUUUUCUGGUUUGACUGGUGAGAGCAGUGCUGGAGAUUAUCAAGAUUGUGGGAUAUCAUCUGUGCUUUUUAUGGGGGAGCCUCCUUGGUGCCCUACUGCUCCAGAGGGUUCCUCUCACACCCCAGCUAGCAGGGAUAGUGCUGUGAUGCGUUACAAGGAAAAAAAGAAAACAAGGAAGUUUGAGAAAAAAAUUAGGUAUGCAUCUCGCAAAGCUAGGGCAGAUGUGAGGCGGCGAGUGAAGGGAAGGUUUGUGAAAGCAGGUGAAGCUUAUGAUUAUGACCCCCUCUGCAAGACAAGAAGCUGUUAAAAGAAACAAAACAUCCUACUUAGCGUAAGAUUUAACUUUCAUCUGAUAAAUAUUUUGGCAGACGCCAGGCUGUUUUGUGCCCUUUUCAUGGAAUUAAAAAAGUGCCCAUCUAUUAAUCAAAAAAGAAAAAGGAGAAAAAAAGGAGAGAAAUGAAGAAAGAAAAUAAUGAAGAUGAAAGAGGACAUGAUAAAGGAUAAAGGUUAUAGUUAGCUGGCUGGGAGGUUCUUGAAGCUGAAUUGUGGUCUAAUCUGCUCUGUUGGUUAGAUGCCCCAACGCCUUGUAGUUUGGUGCUGUUUUCUUCCUUUUUCCCUGUCUAGUAGUGAAGCAUGGAUGUUCAGUAAUUUGGGGCAAGGGACGCAUCUCAAUCCAUUCCUCCAGUACAUAUGAUGGCUUAAAUUGCUGGUUCACUGACCCUCCCUCUUUGCAUCUCUUCCAUCUCCUCUUCAUUUUUGCUGACUCCGACAGUUGCCAUGGCUUGCCCUGGGGCAGAGCCCUCCUCCCAACUUUGGCUUUAGAAAAUAUGUCUAUACCUAUAUAUAUAAAUAUAAGUAUAUAUAUUUUUCCCCUUCUGUAAUCUGUAGAACAUACUGUCUGUUGUAACCAAAGGAGAUUGCUUUGUAUUUAUUCACACGUGAAAGAGAUCUGCUAUAUUACUGUAAGGCUUGGAAAAUCUGUAAAGUUGGUCUUUUGUGCUGUUGACUGUAGAAAAUACUGUAAUUGAAGCUUCGUAGAUCUGUCUAAAUCUAUUGGUUAAUUUGUUGAUAUCUUGUUUUUACAAUUGCAAAAGGAGCUUGAAAGUGUAUGUUCUUAUAUGCAAUUCAGUAUGUAUAAAAUUAAGAAUUUGUG